UUGCUGUCUCUCGAAGUAGUUCAACUUGAACUUCACGGCACGACUUGAAAAAAAUGUCAUCAAAUCGAUUUUUAAUAGUUUUGAUAAUUAUUUUUUUUUACUUUUCCCAUCACGUUUUAACAAACAAAGAGGGAAUGUAUUUGAUUGUUGCACCUGGAACAGUGCGAUCGGAUUCUAUUAUGCAUAUGUCAAUUGCGUUAAACAAUUUUCGAAAUUCCUGCUGGUUUAAUAUAUCUUUGAAAAGCUCCGAAAACAUCAGAAACGGUCACAUCGAACGUUUACAUGGAUUUCAAUUGGUUGAAGUUCUUCCGAAUUCAGUGAAAUUGGUCGAACUCCAAGUGUCUUCUUUGUAUGGUAAACGCGGAAAGUUAGAAAUUUCUGGUUAUCGUGGAAUUCAGAGCAGGGAUUCAGCUCAUAUUAACUUCGAACAUAAUUCCUAUUCGGUUUUCAUUCAAACCAACAAACCCAAAUAUAAGCCAGGUGAAUCGGUCAAAUUUCGUGUGAUUUGUAUUGAUCAUUUAACACGACCAGCUCAAAUAAUUGAUCAGAAGAUAUUUGUUUUGAUUUAUGAUAGCCAAGAUUAUCUGAUGAAGCAUAUCGCCGAUGUGAAAUUAGUGAAAGGCGUUUUUAAGGGUGAAUUUCAAAUUUCUGAUUCGCCAGUGUUGGGCGAUUGGAAGAUUAAAGUCGAGAUUGGUGGAGAUGCUGCGGCAGAGAAAAGUUUUCAAGUUGCAAAAUAUGUGCUACCGAUAUUUUCGGUGAGAAUAUUAACUAAAUCAAAUGUUGCUUACGCUGAGAAUAAGAUAGCUGUAGCGAUAAGUGCUAGGUGA